AUGUCGCCGCACGCAGUACCGUUCGAGACUCCCUUCCAGAAGUCCCAGGCAGACCUGCAAGAGUUUCUCGUCACAAAAAAUGCCUUCCUUCCAGAGAGCAGUCCCUUGGAAAGACUACCAGACUCAUAUUAUGAGCCUUGGGAGGCGAUCGCCAGGGAGUUGCCGAAACAUAUUCAGCAGGACACCAUCCGCAAGGUUGUGGCCGACCUCCCAGUUCUCUCCACAGACAGAUUACAGUCGGUAGAAGAAUGGCGGCGCGCCUAUGUCAUCCUAGCCUUCAUGACCCAUGCCCAUAUCUGGGGAGGUGACAAGCCAGCAGAGAUCAUCCCUCCCCAAAUCUCCAUCCCCUUCCUCAAAGUGUCCUCGCACCUCGAACUCCCGCCCGUCCUCAGCUACGCCGCAGCCAACCUGUGGAACUUCUCAUGCUCGGGGCAAGACUUCACAGAUCUGGAGUCGCUCAAGACGCUGGUCUCCUUCACAGGCUCCAAGUCAGAGGACUGGUUCCUCCUCAUCAGCGUGGCCAUGGAGGCCAGCGGGGCCGGGCUCAUCGACACGAUUCUCGAGGCGCUCAACGCCAUCAAGACGAGAGACUACGAGGUCAUCACCAACGCCCUCGGCGAGCUGGCCCGGCGCAUCAGGGAGGUCGGCACCCUCCUGGAGAGGAUGUACGAGCACUGCGACCCGAUGGUCUUCUAUCACCACAUCCGGCCCUUCCUGGCCGGCAGCAAGAACAUGGCCGACUCGGGCCUGCCCAAGGGCGUCUUCUUCGACGAGGGCGAGGGGAAGGGCGAGUGGCGCCAGCUCCGCGGCGGCAGCAACGGGCAGAGCUCGCUCAUCCAGUUCUUCGACGUCGUGCUGGGCGUCGACCACAAGGGGGAUGGCGGUGUCCCGCCCCCGCCAGGGGAGAGGACGUUCCACCAGCAGGUCCGAGACUACAUGCCGGGCCCUCAUGCACGGUUCCUCGUGCAUGUGGAGCGGUUGGGCAGCAUCCGCGAGCUCGCGCUGGCCGCGCCAGCCAACACCGGGGAGCAGGAGGAGCUCAGGGCGGCGUACAGCGCGGCGAUCGACGCGCUGACAGACUUCCGCAACAAGCACAUCCGCAUCGUGACGCGGUACAUCAUCCUGCCGUCCAGGCAGAGGUGGGACGGAGGGGCCCGGCAGAACCUGGCGAGCGCCUCGUCGUCCCUCGGCAAGGAGACGGGGCAGCUGACCGGCACUGGGGGCACGGCGCUGCUCCCCUUUUUGAAACACUCGCGGGACGAGACCGCCAAUGCCGUCAGACUGGGG